AUGGCGCCCACUCUGGAGAAGUAUCACUUGCUCAAGCAUGAUGAUGACUCGUCUUCGAGUCGUCGCGAUUCCGGUGGAGAGGAACUCACCGGUCAUGAAUAUCUUCAGCGACGAGAGGAGGAGGGAUUCAGGUCAUGGUUCUCGAGAAAAGUGACGCUCAUCACUUUGGCCAUUCUGUUUGGCGCUUCUAUUUUCUCGAACAUUCUCAUGGCACUGGCUUUGACGAGGAAUUAUGAGACUCAUGACCACGAGUCUCACGAGCAUGUGCCUGCUCAGCGAAUUACGAAACAUGCGGGAUUGGCGGAUGAUCAUCCCGUUGCAUGGCACGCUUCCACCCCCUACAGCUCCGAAAGUGUUGAGGAGAGUGAUCAUGCCUGGGUCAACAUGGAAAUCGACUAUAUCAACGUGGCACUUACCAAGGAAGAUGCCAAGGCCCAGGGUCUUCCUCCCUCAGCACCUUUCCCAUGGGAUCAAGACUACAGCGUCUACAUGAUUACCUCCAUGCACAGCAUGCACUGUCUGAAAUCUCUCCACCGCUCCAACCUUGAAUACCGCAAGGGAGUCAAACAAAGCUAUCCAACCGAGCAUCUCAUCCACUGCCUCGACAACGUCCGUCAAGAUAUCAUGUGCGCUGCCGACGACACCCCACGCUAUAUCCCCGUGGACGCUUCAGGCACGGCCACCACCGCCGUCGGCCAGUACCGCCAGUGCAAAGACUGGGAGAAAAUGCGCCAAUGGAGCAAGGCAAAUGACGCCUGCUUCAGCUAUAACGAGCUGAUUCGCCACGAACUACUAGAGGAUCAGCCAUUCCCACACGCCUUGCGUUUCUGCUCCAAGGAUAGCAAGUUCUUGCCCGCUGUGCAGAAGUAUUACAACAUGUCGAGUGACUGGGUGCCCACCAGGCCUGAUCCACCUUACCCGGAAGUCGGUGUGAAGUUUGAUGGGUAUGAUCAGUACACUUGA